AUGACAUUGACAAGGUAUAGUUUGAGAUCGAUAUUACAUCAAUCGUACAAAGCUAAUGUCUCCCAGAGUUCGAAGCAGAACCCGUUCAUGAGCAAGGGUUCGAAGAAACGUCCUGCUGCAGAUGAAGUCCUCCCCGCCAAGCGUCAAAAGAGAUUCAAGAUGGGCACCAACAUCAAAGGCGGUCAUGCCCCCUCAUUCAAGCCCAUUACUGUCGACCUCGAUGAGGAAGAUCAGAUGAUUGUCGACAUGAAGCAGCAGGGCUACAAGGAUGAAGAUAUUCGUGACCGUCUUAUCGAGAAGGGCUUCACCUGCUACGAGGCUAGAAGUGUCGCCUGCCGUUGGAUGCGCAUCCGUAAGAAGACACAAGAGUACGAGGAGAAAUUGCUCGACGAGGAGCUGACCGACUGGCACCUUGGAGAGGACGAACUGCUCGAGGAAGCAUACGAAAUUGCCGACAAGAAGUUCCAAAUUGAAUUGGAAAAACUUGAACAGAAGCGCUGGACUUGGACGGCUCAGAACCUCAACAAGCGUCUUCCUCGUGAGCGCUUCUCCGCCAAGGCUUGCCGACAACGCCAUGAAGCACGUCGUAAUGGCACUGCUCGAUGCCCUCCAGAGAUUGAUCCUGAUCCGGAGGCCCGCCAACGUGAACGUGAGGAACGUAUUGCUGCCUACAAAUUGCGUAAGGAGGAAGAAGCCAAGCGUGACGCUCUUGAAGCCGAGGAGAAGAAGCGCAUGAAGAAGAACAACACUGCCGAGAAAGUUGCUGCUCGUCAGCGCAAGGAGGCUCAAGCUGCGCUCAAGGCCAAGAAGAAGAAGGAUGCAGACGAGUACCGCCAGUCUCUGGCCGAAGCGGUCACUCUCGCAAAACAGCGCAAGCAGAAUGCGCUCGACGCUGCCCGCGCGGAACGCAUCUACAACGAGAGAAAGCACAGAUUCUUCAAUCGUCUUCACAAGCAGCUGAAGAAGGAAGUAGCUGCUCUCCUGAGAAAGAAGGAGAGAAACAACGGCAUCACCCCCGAACCUGAAGACACUGAGACCAUGCACCCGCCCAAGAGCAGAUACGCCUACAAGAACACUGCGGACCAGAUUCGUAACGAGAACAUCAGUGCAACAGAAGCCGCUAUCAAUGCUCGUUCUCACGAGUUCGAUGGUAUCGUCGAGCCCGUAGCCACAGCAGCUGUUGACACUCAACCUAUUCCUAUCGCCAAGCCUUCCAAUCCUGGCAGGAGCAAAUCUCAGCAGCCUUCCAUCGCUGCUGACGGCUUCUCUGAGGAACCUCGUAGCUGGUGCACCAUCGAUGAGUUGCACGACCUCCUGCGUGCACGUGGCAUGCUUCUGAACCGCAUGAAGGAAAACAAGGCCAUAAUCAUCUCGCGCCUGAACAACGAAGACAAGACCACAAGUAUUGAGCAGCUCAGGGAUCUGCUGAAGGCACGCCAUGAAGACUUCAACGGCGCGAAGGCUGAACUGAUGAGACGUUUGGCUAUCUCCGACGCAAAGAGUUCCAGAAGAUACCAAACCUUGCGCACCAACCGACCCCUUGAUGAGAAUGGCAACCGUACCAGAGUCAAGAUGCCAGCCAAGCCAGCUGUGUCCAAGGCAACCACGCGCUACAAUGCUCGCGAUGUCACGAUCAAGAACGGCAAACCUGUUGUCAAACCCCAGACUCCCACCACCAAGAAGAGGGCCUCUACCAGAAAGACUCCUGCAAAGGCUGUUACAAAGAAUCCAUCUAACAAGGCAAAGGGCGCCAGCGCCUCCAAGAAGUUCGUUCCUGACGAUGACGAGGAAGACAAUGAAGAGGUUAGCCUGCUCUACGAGCCUAGUGAGGCCGACAUGGAAGACAUCGUCAGUAGCUUGCUCUCAGGAUCCUAG